AUGGCUUCAUGUUUAAAAAUGAUGAAAAGAAUUACCAAAGAGGAGACACGCUUCAUGAAGAAUGGGAGAAUCUUGUUGGAGGAGCUCAUCACUUCUUGUGAUGGCAAGUAUAAUCCUAUCCGUACCUUCCCUGCAAAAGAAUUUGAGGGAUCACCUUUCCUUGACAUUGUCACAGGGACACAAAUGAGUACGCACAGCAAUGUCCUAAAGCUCAUAGGAUGCUGCUUUGCCACUGAACAUCCCAUUUUGGUGUAUGAAUUUGUAGGCAGUGAGACGCUCCCCUACUACAUCUCUUCUACGAAUGAGAUACAGCCUCGGCCAUUAUCAUGGAAAUGUUUUGACAAGGCGCGCGAAAAUGGUUUUAUUGUGAAGCUGGUGAUGUGUUUCAUUUCUUACGAGAUCGUGUCUAUGAUCUUAUCGACAAUCGUGUCAACGAUCUUAUCGAGAGAUCGUGUCUAUGAUCUUAUCGACAAUCAACAAAUGAUUGAGAUUGUAGAUUCUGCAAUUUCGAGAGAAGAGAUAUCGAGGAGCAACAACUGCAAGCUAUUGCAAAACUUGCUCAUAGUUGCAUGA